AUGCACUUUGGCUUGAUGCCAACAAGAAAAGGAGAUGAUGAUGUGAGAGGGAGAAGACAUUGCAUUGAGGAGACCACCAUCACAGAGCAAGAUCUCACUAAAGAGAAGCUUGGAAGUCCAAAGGAGGCGAUAUCUACAAGGAAACCUAAUUCAUCGCGGAAAGGGCUUGGGGAAGUGGUAACCGAAGCCCCCUCCCCUCGACCCCCGCCUUCCAACCCCCUGAAGCGUAAACUUAGCUUGGAAACCCUUCCCGAAAAUGGCGUCCCGACGUCGCUUUCCACGGAUUCUGGUGUUCAGGUGGUUGUGCGGAUGAGGCCGGUGAAUAAGGAGGAGGAAGAAGGGGAUCAGAUUGUGCAGAAGAUUUCAUCUAAUUCAGUGUCGAUUCUUGAUCACAUUUUCACUUUUGAUUCUGUGGCUGAUACUGUGUCCACGCAGCAAGACAUAUUUCAUCUCGUGGGGCUUCCGUUGGUAGAGAACUGUUUGGCUGGGUUCAAUAGUUCCAUAUUCGCUUAUGGACAGACUGGCAGUGGAAAGACGUACACCAUGUGGGGACCUCCAAGUGCCUUGUCAGAGGAUGAGUCAGUGGGCAAGGAACGGGGCUUAACGCCCCGUGUCUUCGAGAGGCUCUUUACUCGUAUUAAUGAAGUGGUGAAGCACUCUGAUAAGCAGUUGAAUUAUCAAUGUCGCUGUUCUUUCUUGGAGAUUUACAAUGAGCAAAUCACUGAUUUAUUGGACCCAAAUCAAAAAAAUCUUCAGAUCAGAGAAGAUGUUAGAACUGGUGUUUAUGUUGACUAUCUGACAGAGGAGUAUGUCUGUUCAACGAAAGAUGUACUUCACUUGUUGAUGAAGGGAUUGGCAAAUCGGAGAACAGGUGCAACUAGUAUAAAUGCAGAGAGUUCGCGUUCCCAUUGUGUUUUUACAUGUGUUGUAGAAUCUCGUUUGAAGUCCAUCGCUGAUGGCCUAAGCAGCUUAAGAACCAGUAGAAUCAACCUUGUUGAUUUGGCUGGUUCAGAAAGACAAAAGCUUACUGGUGCAGCAGGGGAACGGCUAAAGGAAGCUGGAAAUAUUAAUCGAUCCCUCUCACAGCUUGGGAACUUGAUUAAUAUACUUGCUGAAGUUUCACAAUCUGGAAAACAAAGGCAUAUUCCAUACAGAGAUUCCAAAUUGACAUUCUUGUUACAGGAAUCUCUUGGUGGUAAUGCAAAACUAGCAAUGAUAUGCGCUAUUUCGCCAUCACAAAGUUGUAAGAGUGAAACGUUCAGUACCUUGAGGUUUGCUCAAGGUGCAAAAGCAAUACAGAAUCAGGCGGUUGUGAAUGAAAUAACGCAGGAUGAUGUUAAUGUCUUACGGGAGCAGAUACGCCAGCUAAAGGAUGAACUUCUUCGAAUGAAGUCUAAUGGAACAUCAGCAGAAAAUAAUGGAAGCUACUCAACUGGAUGGAAUGCACGGAGAAGCUUGAAUCUUUUAAGGAUGAGCCUUAAUCGGUCAGCAUUACCUGUUGUGAAAGAUGACAGUGAUGAAGAGAUGGAAAUCAAUGAUGAAGAUGUUGAAAAACCUUGUAUGGAGACAGGUGCGCUGCCAACUCCUGAUGAAGGCCAACCCUUAGGUCAGCUAGAGAAUUUAAAGGAGGUGAGUUCAUGUUCAAAGCAUCACCUGGUUCUUGGGGAUGCAGAGCCCAUGCAAAUAUCUGGGUCUGAUUUUGUCAGUGAUCAAGCCUGUGAGUCUAUGGAAGUCCAUGCUGAAAAACAUGAUUUUGUGGAAUUGGAAGAAUGCAAAAGUAUUAAAACACUGGAUGAUGAUCCUGCUGUUGGGAUUGAUGCGGAGAAGACAUUGGUCACACCAUACUGCAACUUGCUUAGUUCAGGACCUCUGGAAGAAAAGACAUAUGAACCUCCUGAUUGUACAGUUUCUGGAGAUCAUAAAGAUGCUAUGGGCACUAUCGCAUCUUCUCAAUCUGCAUCAGCAUCAAGUCUCAGUAUUGUGCCAUAUGAAACUUCCUCAGUUCUCCAGCCACCUUCUUUGAGUAUAUCACCUAGAGUUGAGAGUUGCAGCAGGAAAAGCCUUAGGACAUCAUUGUCAACAUCAGCAUCUCAGAAACAUAUACUGCAAAAUGUUAACUCUGAUUGUGAAGCUCUAAACUUAUCUUUCGCAGGAUCUUUGAAUCAUAAGCUUGUGAGUGAUUUAAUUGUUCCACAAACAAAAAAUUCCAUUUCAUCUACUGAACACCUGGAAGCCAGUCUGCAUCGAGGUCUUCAAAUAAUUGAUAGCCAUCAGCAUAGUUCACCUCUUAGGCGAUCAUCAUUUAGAUUUUCGAUGGCAGUCACCCCCAUUAAAACAACUAGUAUUGGCAUACAAACAUCUUCCCCAGAAUUAGAAAUGGCAGAAGAUUCAGCCUCAUUUAUAUGUGAUUUUUGCAAGAACAAAAUGCCUCCACUUGAAGAUAAAGAUAUCAUUGCUGGCGUGGAUCUGCAGUUGGUACCUAUUGAGGGAUCUAACUCGUCUGACAAACCCAAGAAACAAGUUCCUAAAGCAGUUAAGAAGGUCUUAGCUGGAGCAAUCAGGCGGGAAAUGGCAAUUGAAGAUCAAUGUGCAAAGCAAGCAACUGAAAUAAUGCAGCUCAAUCGUUUGGUCCAACAGUACAAGCAUGAACGUGAGUGCAAUGCAAUUAUUGAACAGAUACGUGAGGAUAAAAUUUCUCGUCUUGAAGGGCUUAUGGAUGGUAUUAUUCCAAUUGAAGAAUUCAGGGAGGAAGAGGUCAUUUCCCUCACAAAUGAGCACAAGCUUCUCAAGGAAAAAUAUGACAAUCAUCCUGAAGUCCUACGAGUAAAUAUCGAGUUGAAAAGAGUUCAGAAAGAACUAGAUGGCUACAGGAACUUCUUUGAUAUGGGUGAGAGGGAUGUUUUGAUGGAAGAAAUUCAAGAUCUAAGGACACAGUUACAAUAUUAUAUUGAUUCUUCUUCUGCAUCAAAUCGAAAGUUUAGUCCAUUACUUCACCUGAUGCAUUCAAUUGAACCAAUUUCUGCCCCCCUUAAUACAAUAUCUGAGUUGCCUGAAGAAAAUGUGAAUGAGAAAAUUGAGCAGGAGAGACUUCUCUGGUUGGAAGCAGAGAGUAAAUGGAUUUCUCUUUCUGAAGAGCUUAGAAUUGAACUUGAAACUAGUCGAUCCCUUGCUGAAAAGAGGAAGCUGGAACUUGAUUCUGAGAAGAAAUGUGCCGAGGAGCUUAAGGAGGCCUUACAGACAGCAAUGCAAGGCCAUGCUCGGAUUCUUGAACAGUAUGCAGAGCUUCAGGAGAAGCAUAUUGCUUUACUAGCCAGGCAUCGAAAGAUCAGUGAUGGCAUAGCAGAUGUGAAGAGAGCAGCAGCGAAAGCAGGCGUCAGAGGUGCUGAAUCCAAGUUUAUAGACUCCCUUGCUGCCGAAAUAUCAACAUUGAAGGCCGAGAGAGAAAAGGAGAGGAGGUACUGGAGGGAUGAGAACAAGGGGCUUCAAGCACAACUCAGAGAUACUGCUGAAGCUGUGCAAGCUGCUGGAGAACUUCUUGUGCGCCUCAAAGAAGCAGAGGAAGCUGCUGCAAUUGCUCAGAAGCGAUCUCUGAUGGCAGAGCAAGAGACUGAGAAGGCUUAUCAAGAGAUAGAGAUGUUGAAGAAGAAUUAUGAUCGACAGAUACUCUUAUUAAAUCAGUUUGUGGUAGAAUCUCGGUUACCAAAAGAAGCUAUGCAGCCUCAACUGGUUGAAGCUGAUGUUGCAAAAUUUGAUAGAGGCGAGAGCCCCACUGAUCAAAGAUGGAGGGAAGAAUUUGAGCCUUUCUGUGAAGGAGUUGAUAAUGAAUUCUCUAAAGGAACGGAGCCUUACUCAUGGUACUCUGAUUACGAUCGCUGCAAUAUCUAAAAGAAGAAAAAUACCAAUCAACACUCUGUAUGUAUCAUUAAAAUUUUCUCGUAGACUUUAAUCAGUGCCGAAUUAUGUUGUUAAUCAGGGAUGAUCCUCACUCUGUGAGCACCAUCUAUUCUGUUCUACCAAAUUCUUUUCAAACCCAUGUAUGCCUUGUGCCAUCAGGAGGUUCUGGAA